AUGUUUCAACAAGAAAAACCAUCUGUUGGUGUUUCAACUCAAGAUCGAUUGAUGUCAACAUCUUUUCGAUAUGAAAUGAAUAAAGGAAAACCGGAUAAUAGUGCUUUAAGAAUGCAACAGGCUGCUCAAAUUGAAGAAGUUUAUUUCAAACAACAGAAACAACUUGAACAAAAUAAAUAUCAACAAUUUAAAGCUAAAUGGGUAGAACAAUCAGCUUGGUCCAAUGUAGCAUUACGAGAAUCAGCAGUGAAUAAACAACGCCAACAAGAACUAUUAUUACUUCGCAAAGCUCAUCUUACUGCUCGUCGAGCAGCUCUAGCAACCUUACUCCAAAAUGAACAACGAGUUUAUGAACAAGAAUUCUAUAGUAAAGGCAAAGCACUUUACAAAGAUAUGUAUCAAAUGGAUCCUCAAUGUACACCACUUGACUUAUAUCGUUAA